AUGGCUGCUGUAACACCUCGUCGGUCUUCGCGCCUUCCCCACAUACACACUCCGAAGAUGACUGAGCGUAAGAAAAGCCUUUUCGUAGCUGAAACUCCUCCAAAACAAGAGUCCUUGACGAAGCAUAGAACUUUAGCUGUUGUGGAUAGUGAAAGCGACAGCGAUGACUGCGACCUAGGUAUUAUCAGUACCCUGGAUUCAAGUUCCUGCGACGAAAAUGAUCCAAAAACCCCUGAAAAGUCUAUUUGGCAUGGGACUAGAAGUAACUCUCGCAGGCUGAACCAGACAACAGACUUGAAGAACUUCUUAAAAUCUCCCUUUACCCUGAAGAAGUAUCAAACUAGGUAUUCUUGUCCAGAAAAAUGUACAAGCUCCCUAUCAACACCAGCAACACCCCACUUUCAAAACCACCCUGGUACACCUUCAUCCACUCAUUCCUGCACCAGUGUUCACACCACUUCAUCUACCUCAAGCCGAGCACGAAAGAGUCUUGCUGGCCUUAUAGCAGAUACAGAGAGCUGCAGUAGCUCUUUAAAAGAUCUGAACUUUGACACAGACUCAGGCACUGACUCUAAAGAGAACACACCUACUAAAUCUCUACGACGAUCAAAACACACACACAAAAUGACACCAAAAUUGCAGAGCUUCAAAGGUGUUUUGAUGGAACAGAAAAAAAAUGACUCUCCAAUAAGACAGCUGUGA